AUGAAGACGACGGAUUUGAGAUUAACUAAUGCGAAUUUUUAAUACAUGGAUAAGUUAUAGCUAUGCCCGCUUUGAAAUUAAUUAAUAGGAUGAGAAUAUUCGCAAUCUCAUUUGUCUGCUUUUCUAUUGAAUUCGCCUAGCAAGUGUGAAGAUGUCUCAUACUUACAUUGCAAGCUGCACGAACAGCAGUAAAGAUGAUGACACGCUCAUUAUCAUCGUCAACUCUGACGGCACACUUUCAGUUGAUCCUGAGACACUACAGAAACUUUUAGCAAACCAGCAUCACAACUCUCCGAUCAGUCUGGUGCGGUUGGAUGCCAAAGGUGACGGAAGUGGUGGUGGUGACGGAGCUGGUGAUGAAGACGAUGACCCUGACUCUAGAGUGAACCUGACUGUGGAGGGUUACUACCCUCCCACCCCUGCCCCCUCGUCACCUACGCCUCCUCCUACGCCAGUUGCUGACACCGGCAUCUCUAAUGAUGGGGGAAGUCAGGAAAUGCUGGCUGACUCUAUCACAGAGAUACUUCAACCAGAAGAUGUUGAGAAACUGGAGACAGCUCUUCAGUCAGAACAUGCCAAAGAAAUCCUCGGGGAUGUUGUUUUGGACAUGUUGCAAAAGAACGGAGAAGACAACAUGGGAGGUUCGGGAGAUAUGGGGCCGCUGUCUCAGGGCUCCGUGGUGUUGGACCAUUGUUAUGCCUCGCUAACAGGUCCAGCCCCACCCCCCGUCACUACCCCUGUCAGAGGAGCCAUCAGGGGAAGAGGUCGUCCCAGAGGGCAGCCUCAAAGCAAGAUGAUGCAGUCAAUGAUCCCGGUUGUUGAACCGCUUGUUAUUCCUGGCGACACGGUGGGUUCUGUAUCGUCUAACAACAAUGCCAAGGGGCAAACUGUUACGAUACAAGGUGUAAACCUUCAAAACGUUCCCCAGAACAUGGUUGCCUGUACUGUGAUGCUUACCAAGGUUCCAACGCAAAACAAGACCUUCAACGUCAGCUCCAUGGCUCAGGAUACUGCUGGAGUUACGACUGUCAAAACAGUUUCACCAGCUGACUUGGUUGGAUCUGCAAAGAAGAAGGGCCCAGGUCGAGGACGAGGAGUGACGACGAGAGGAGGUCGAGGGGCGGCAGGACGAGGCCGAGGAGCUGGUAAAGUGAUUCAGACCGAGGAAGCUAAGCAGAAGCAGCUAGCAGAUGAGAUGGCAGCCACUGUACAUGCUCUGUCUCUAGCUGAAGCAGAACAGUUCGCAAACAUUGAAUCGAUGGAUCAAAGCAGCGUAGACUCUGACCGAGUGAUUCCUCUCGUCAACAAAGUGCCUGCCAAGAAACCUGUCAAGGUGUACCGACGGGCCAUCGACAUCUCUGCCACCACCCCCGGACCCAAGACCCUCAAGGUGCUCAAACCGGAGAAACAUCCGACACCUCAGCCCAGGCCAAGGAAAAAAUCUACCUCUGUCGAGUCUUCUAGUCAUGAUGAUAAGCCUGCAGCAGACAAGGUGAAGAGAGAGGAGAAGGUGAUUGUAGUGUCUCUGGAGCCUCAGAUCACCCCGGCCGUGGUGACUGCAGUGGUGAUGUCUCAGAAUGUAUCCACUACUAGUGUCACUCCCGCGACCCUUACACCUGUGACCACCCCUAUGGCUGGCAGCAAGAAGUACCCCAAGAGAGAGAACCGCAAACCACCUGCACACUUGGCUGAGGCGUUUGGACCGGCUUUGUUCUCCACUCCAGCGUUGUUUCAAAUGAGACCAUUGUCCUUGACGCGACUGCGACUGGAGCGGCUAGCGGCUGAACACAGCGACUGUAGCGGGUCUGCUCUGAGGGGAGUCAGAGUCGCAGUCGCUGAGCGAUUUGUGUUGUACAUCAUCAGAAGGGUGUCAGAAAAGAGUGGUACUACUACACCGGUGACACCUGCUGCCCCUGCUGCCAGUCCUACAGCAGUACCAGUCAUACCGGUACCAUCCCCUCCUGCUGCCACAUCUAUAGCCAGCACUGCUAAAUUGGAAGAUGAGCUAGGACUUACGGAGCCUGAAAUACUGGAAACCAUCAGCUCCCAGGUGACCAAGCAAGACGAUCAGCUGUUGGAAGAAGCAUUGUUGUUAGAGGAACUCAGCACAUUGCCUACAGACGACAUUUUACAGGAUGAUAUCAAUGACCCACUGCCUCCUCAGCCAACAGAAAUUACAACACCGACCACCCCACCAACCAUUAAAAAGGCACAGAAAAACCUCUCGCAAACUUCCCUAUCAACGUUUUUCCCUAAAGUAAAUCAAAAGGAUGAGACUGUGACCGUACAAAGUCCGACCGCAGUCCUCUCGCCUGGGGGUCGUAAAUUACCUCCGGUCGAGUUACCGGCUACUCGUGGCGCCACUAAGCGAGCCAGCCAAAAGAAAGAUCAACCACAGGAAUCGCCAAGCGUGAAGACAGAAGUCAAUAAAAAAGUACCAAGUAGUGUGGAGAAGGAGAAAAGAAAAUCAACUGAUUCCAGGAAAUCCAUAGAUUCAAAGAAGUCUGCGGGAAGGGAUGACGCUGAUUCUCUAGUCAGUGAUGAGGUUAGCGACGAAGACGACAGCCACAACUCAGAAGAUGAUCCCAACAGACUUUGGUGUAUUUGCAGGAAGCCUCAUAACAAUAGGUUUAUGAUUUGCUGUGAUUUCUGUGAAGAUUGGUUUCAUGGCAAGUGUGUCGGUAUUACUAAAGCAAUGGGUGAACAAAUGGAAGAGAAUGAAACUGAGUGGAUGUGUCCUAACUGUAAGAAGAAAAAGAAGCUAGAGGAAGCGGCAGCGAAAAAACAAGUAGAGGUGACCAAAACUACACCUACUGUUGGGAACAUGAACAAGAAAACGUCACCGACCGUCGCUCCAGUGACUCCAGCGGUGGUAGAAACUCCUCCUGCUCCUGCUCCUGCAAAGAAACCAGAAGCCAAUAAGGUGAUAGUUCAACAGCAGAGGUUGGUGGUGUUAGGACAAGAGACUCCCAAGGCGAACACCAAAGGAACGGAGAUACGUAUCACCAAGGUGUCCAGCCGCAAGUCUAUGGAUGAUAGGAAACCAGCAGAAGAGACUGUGUCAGAAACAGCGGCUACGGAACAUCAUCCACCUGAGACGGGCCCUGCUGGGGAGUGUAUAGUGUGCAAGAAGGAGUCGUUUCCUGGAGGUGUGUACUGCAGUGACGAGUGUAUUGCCAAACAUGCUUCAGAAUCCCUCUCAGUGUUGGACAAGAGCUCUGUCAUUGUGUUUGAGAAAAAGACUGGCCGCAUCUUUGCAGGACCCAAUGGUCCGACACCCAGCACACUGACCAGCUGGCUGAUGGCUCAUCCGUCUUACGAGGUGAUGAGACCUGGAGUGUUACCCUCCGCUAAGUACUACAACCAGCCCCGUUCCACUCCCCCCGUCAAACAGCCUCGUCCAGCUCUCAAACAGACGGUGCUGCUGGGGCAGAACAGGCCGCAGGGUAUACAGCUCAUAGCAGCUUUGCCACAACUACCCCCUGUUGAAGGACCAAUGAAAAAGAAUCUGCACAAAUCAGAACCACCGUCCCCGACUGUGACGCCUAAAGCGAAACAGCAGCCUUCAAAGGGACAGCAGCCUGUGGCAAAGGGACAGCAGCAAAUCACAACGUUGUUGAAAGUGCAACAAUCGAAACAAGAUGCAACAGAAACAGCGAACAAAACGACGCCAGCAAAGUCGCAAGUGACACCGACAGUGAAGAAGCAACCUGCGAAGGAACAACCUAAGAAGGUAACACCGCAGCCACCAGUGAAGAAGACGACUCCCACCGUUGUCAAAAAGACACUCAAAGAAGACGAGAGGAGGGAUGACGUACGGGGCAGAGAACAAGAAGAGAUGAAUGUCAGAGCCAGUGUGAGGAAGACUCUUCAGGACAUAUUGACCUCUAGACUGCAAGAGGUUGAUGACCUCAAGCUCAGCGAAGACCAUAUUAGGAAAAUCACCACACAGAUUGAAGAAGAAUUACAUGCUCUCUUUAAAGACACAAACGCCAAAUACAAGUCAAAAUAUCGCAGCUUGAUGUUCAAUAUGAAAGAUAAAGCAAAUAUGACCCUGUUCCGGAAGAUUGCUGACAAGUCAAUCAGUCCCGAGCAGCUGGUGAGACUGAGUCCAGAGGAACUAGCCUCUCAAGAGUUGGCUCAGUGGCGAGAGAGAGAAGCAAGACAUCAGUUGGAGAUGAUCAAGAAAACGGAGCUGGAUCUGAUGCAGCAAGCCAAGACAGUGGUGAUGAAAACACACAAGGGAGAUAUUGUGGUGGAGAACGAUGACGGUCUCGGAGCAAAGAUACUGGAGACAAGUGUCGAAAUAGAACCAGUGACAGUCACGACUCCCUCGACCCCGACAGUGGAGCCUGUCGUCAAACCCAAGGAGGACUUGGCAAAGGACAAAGAAGGAAAACACAAGAAGGACAAGGAGAGGAAAGAAGAAAAACAUAAAGAGCGAAGGCAUAGUAGUCAUGGUAAAGAAAAAAGCCACAAAGACCACCACAAGAGCAGAAGCAGGCACAGGAGUAGACAUAGGAGUGAGAGUGAACAAAAGAGUAGAAGCAAGAGUCCUGAGGAAAAAAAGAGUAAAGAAAAGGUUGGAACUAAGCAGGAAGAGAUCAAGAGUAGCGAUAGAAAAAGUAGAAGUAGACACCAGCACCAUGAAAGGGAAAGGAGCAAGAGUAGGCCCAGGGAAAGGAGUAAGAGCCGUUCACAAGAGAGGAGCAAGAGUAAGCCGAGGGAACAAAGUAAGAGUAGUCCACGGGAGAGAAGUAAAAGUAGACCAAGAGAUAGAAGUAAGAGUGGGUUGAGAGAGAGAAGUAAGAGUAGGCAUAGGGAACGAAGCAAGAGUAGGCCUAGGGAACGAAGUAAGAGCAGGCAUAGAGAACGAAGUAAGAGUCGACUACGAAAAAUGAGUCAAGAUCCUGAUGAAAAUAAAAAGUCAACAGUCGAAGUAAAGAAAGAUGAGUUUGUAAGUGAGGAAAAAGUUAUUGAAGAGGUAAAGACGUCAGUUCAGUCUUCUAUCAUAGAUGCUGAAAUCAAAGACAUAAUUCACGAUGUGGUUGUUGAGGAAGAAACCGGUCCCGUUGAAGAAGAUCUUUCUGAUCGAGAACCUAGUUCUACCGUAAAUAUAAGCACACCACCAUUUAACACUUUUGAUGAAGUAGGACCUGAAAAACCUCCAAUAUGGCAAGGAACACUAAUAAUGCCAGAUGUUGCCAAAUUUUCUUGUUCGAUUCUCGAAGUAUCUGGUAUUUGUGAGGAUUUGCCAUACGAUCUGCCAGAUAACAUCGAUUGUGUUGGUAGAAUCAGUCCUGAAACAGCUUGGGAUUAUAUAGCGAAGAUGAAAAAAUCUGGAACAAAGCAGAUUUUAGUUGUUAGAUUCGCUGCUGACAAUGAAGAAGACAAAAUGUCAUAUUUGAGUUUUUAUUCGUACUUGAGUAGCCGGAAUCGCUUGGGAGUGGUUGGCAACAAUUCAAAGAUGAUUAAAGAUUUUUACAUCCUACCUUUGCCAAGUCAUAGUCCAGUGCCACAGGUGUUGUUGCCUCUGGACGGACCGGGAUUUGAAGAUUACAGACCUCAUCUAUUGCUGGGUAUCAUCGUAAGGUCUAGAAGGAAAAGGCUGAUGACGGACAAAGAUAUUCCAUUCGUCCCGAAGGUUGCAAAGAAGUCAGAGAGAAGCUACACUCCACCGCUUCCUGAGGAUGGAGGACACACUCCACCUACCACACACCAACAUCCUGAGACUGAAUCUUUCACUCCUCCACACUCACCUAAGCCAUUGAGGAUCAUCAAACUCAAACCAAACAAAAGCAAAACCGUGGAGAGUCCAACAGUGAGUGAGGACUUCAUGCUGGAGGACGACACGCCGUACACUCCAGAGGAUGAGGAGCCAGACGACGCUGACGCUCCAUACAGUCCUGGCGAGGGAGAGGACAAGCCUCUGUCGCCCGGGUGUAGUGAGGAGCUGCAGCGCAAGGUAGACAAGCUCAACCGCAUGAUCAACGACAUCGAGGAGCGCAAGCAGAAGAUAGACAGUGGCAUCAUGUCACCACCACAGGAGAUAAUCAUGGCUGUUGGUAAUGAUGAGGAGGAGGAGGAAAUAGAGGAGGCGUACAGUCCUUCAGGUUCAAUCACUCCUCCGCCUCCGGACUCCUCGUACCUGGACAAGAGCAAGAUAUCCCUGCCCUCCGAUCUACAGGAGAUCAUUGCAAGUCUGAAGAAGAAACCGGACGAGCCUAAGAGCAUGGACCUCCAGUCAGAUCCAAUUGUCCAAGCUUAUAGAUCUGCAGAUGAGCCGUACUCUCCAGAAGAUGAGAAACCAGAACUGGAGCCAGAAGUUAGUGAGAAGAUAGCUUCCCCAGCAUCUGAGGAGAGUUUCUCAACUCAGUCCUCGGCCCUGAGUGUUGCUGCGUCAGUGAAGGUCAACAGAGACCCGAGGCAGCGACCCCAGUUGUCCCUCAGUCAGCUCUCCGACGAAGAAAUCAUGAAGAAAGCUUCGGAGAUGGGAUUUAUGAAUCCGGAAAAUCCAGAACCCAUCCCAGAUGUUUUGAAAUCAAGAGUGGAACACCCGAGUGCUAUUGAUGAGCUUCCUCACAUGCACCAGCCCCCACCCCCACCUGUGUACUUAAACCAGCCUUUCACUUCUAGUCAACCUACGUUCACUCCAGAGUUCCCACCACCUCACCAUUCCACACACCUACCUCCUCCUAACUUCCCUCCACCCCAUAUGUUCCACUCUGCGCCACCACCACUUCCCCCUCUACCUCCCCCUCACAUACCUUUUACAAAUCCCCAGCCUCCCCCUCAACCCAUGUAUCCUCCACCACCCCAGCAACCGGCCCCUCUACCUCCACCACCUCCGGAAUCUCCUGAUAUGAGCAUCUCAAAAAAGAAGUUUUCUUCUUCAAAGAAGAAGAAAAAGUCUAAAGAGGAGAGCAGCCGUAGGGAGAGCCGUAAAGAGAAAAAGGAAAAAAGGAGAUAUUCUGAAUCUCCACCACCAAAAGAUUACGAUGAACGUGAAAAAAUCCGUGAACGAGAUCGGUAUUCCUCAAAGAAGAGAGAAAAGAGGGACACCUCCCCACGGCGGGGGGGUACUUGGAGACCUUACAAGAAAUCUCCUCCGCCCGAGAAAAGAAGAGAUUCUUGGGAAUACGAGCCACCUUCAGUAGGCCUACCAUUCAACGAACCACCUCCUCCAAAGAUCAUGGCUGGGCCUUCCAAUCACCAGUUUGUUCCAAGAGCAGGUCAAAUGAGAGGGAGGUUUCAGAGAGGGAUGAGGGGGGGAUUCAGAAGAGGGUUUGAUAGAGGAAAUCGAGGAGGUUUCCACCGAGGGGGAUUUCAUCAAAGAGGACAUCACAUGGGCGUAACUACAGGUCCUCCGGGUCCUCCAAGAAACUUUACUCCAAAAAAUAUCCAGAUCGAGUACGAAGAAGACAUCAGGAGGUUUGAAGAACAGCGAAAACAGAAGACUCUAGAAAGGCGGCAAUGGAGAAAUGAAUCCCCACCACCGAAGAAGAGAAGAGGCAAAGAAAGUGACAGUGAUUAGAUUUAGUUUAAUUACAAUGUGAGUGAUAAUAGUACAAAGUCUGAUUUCAUUCAUUAAAAGCCUGCAGUUUCGGAAAUGUCUUUGUUACGGGUCUUAAAAUACAAGUAAACUAGUUUUAUAGUUGUUAGUACUUUCUCUAGCUCCGGCCCAUUUAAAAAUCACUCAAAAUUUGCUAUCAUGCCAAAGUUUGCUAUGCGAUUUAGUGUAGUAAAAGAGAAGACAACAAUUUGUACGCUUUUUGUUAGCUUUUUCCAGUAUUUUCUAUUUUGUGAUUUAGAAAUCUUUUAUUCGUCUAACCAAACAAUUUAAGUGUUCAUGCUAGUUAAACGAUAACAUUUUAAUUUUAAAAUUAUCCAUUCUUUGUUUCUCAUAAGAGUAAUUAAAUUAUUUUCUGUGUUAGGCGAGUUAUUUUAGAGUAUUAUUGAUUAGUUAUUAUGCUUUAACAGACUUAUCUCUCUUCUCCUUACAAUUUAGUUUAAGGGCUGUUAAUUGUAUUAUAUGUAACACAUUCUUUAAAAUAAUUGAUCUCUAUGUAUUAAUUUUAAUUACUCAACGUAGUGGAAUCAAGCUGUAACAUGUUUACUGUUAAAACUGAAAAUUAGGAUUAAUCGUUGUACAAAUUUAUUAGUUUAAUUUUUUAUUUUGUAUAGUGACUUUUGUUUAAUUUAAUUUCUGAUUAUGGAUUAAAUUAUUGUGAGUAGUGUAAUUUUACUUUUGGGACCAAAACUUCCUAGCAAACAAUGCAUUCAAAAAGUUUGAAAAUGGGGUUUGUCUAUAUUAUUUACGUUACCGAGUUCAUAGUUAAAAUAGUGCAAAUAAAACCAUAUGUACUGUUUUGAUUGCUUUAUUAUUUAAAUAUUGAAAACCAAUCAACUGCAUGCAUUAAACUCCUGUAAAUUUAUAUCAUUGCUAUAAAGCCUCUAAAUUGAAUUUUUGGUUACUACCAAUUACCAAAGUUUUUUUCCGGUUGAGAUGAUUUUUAUAUCAGGCUUGAUUUCAAUUUUAAUUCCAACAUUGGUAAUGACCGUUCAUUUAUAAUGUGUUCAUUUGUAAAUAGUUUGUAAAUAUUCAAAGUGUAUUAUAUAUUAGUUUUAUAUGCUCUAAAAGAGUGUAUAAGUGGAUAAUGUUUAGUUUAAUGGUGGAAAGAUCUGUGUUAAAUUUUCCACAGCAUGUUGUAUGUUUCCGAGGGUGUUUUUAAAAGGUAGAAAACUGGCUUGUCAAGUAGCAAUAAAUUCAAUGUGGGGGAAUAUUCUUGGUAAAAUUGCAGGUUUUCUAUCUUUUUAACAUUUUUGAGUUGUGCAACAAACUGUAUAUUGAACUGUGAUUGCCAUAUUACCAUGUUGUUGAAAUUAAAUCUUUUUUUUUACUUUUUUUGCAUUUUAGACAUUGUAAAAAUUUGUAACUAAUGAAAACCACAGUUUAUUGUAAAUAUAAGCUCACUUUAUGCAAUUAGAAAGUAUUAAAGAAUGAUAUUCACUGAAA